GGUACACACGUAUCGGUAGUGCUCUGUUAUUUUAUUGAUAUUUUCACCUGGGUCUUAAUUUAGACCGUUGUAUUAUAAGUCCAACUUAGACUAUUUGAAUUAUACUAAUAACCAAAUCUUCAGCGGUUUAGCCCCAAUCGGUUUGCACCGAGACAGGGGGCAUAUGUUUCAUCUUAAAACAGAUCGGAACAUACAAGUUAAUUGGACCUUGCAUAUGUGAUGAAGACAGUCAUCGGCUUGGAUCAGAGACCUCUUCUGGCAUCUCUGCUUGGAUGAAGACUCAUUCAGAAUACCUAAAGCUGUGGCACUCUGACGACACCCCUAGCUGUCCCCAACACAAGCAGACAGUGGAUUAUUACGAACGUGAAUCUUCUGAAAUCUUCUGAAAUUGAGGUAUUCCGUAUGUCGUCAACUUGUAUGGCAGGUGGUACAUGCUAAAGGCGGCUCCUAAAGUUCUCAACGGUUGGGGCUAAGACAGACUGCCGGUCGAGAGUGUUCGAGAACAUGAACUGAUAACCUCCAAGAUCAUCAAUUUACUAAGGGUUACAUGCCAUGUUACCAACUGAGAACCGUUCAACAGAACUAACUUUUCACUUGAGGUUUUAGUGUCACGUCAACUCUCUUCAGUCGCAAUUUUGUAUCCUACGAAUUGAAUAUAAUUUGGACAGAUUACAUCCUUCGAAAUUUCUCUUCAUAGAAAAGUAAAGCUUCCGAAUUUUAAUUAUGGAUGAGAUCAAGUCUAUGACUUUGUCGCCAUGGAUGCAGUGAGGAAAUUUGAACAGUUACACCACCGUUAAGGAUGUUUUUGACUCCCCUCAGAAUGACUUUGGACGUGUUACUUCGUUGAAUCGCUUUCAGUGAUGAGGUUAGAAAUAAAGUGGGGGAAAAUCGCUGAGGGAGCAACCACGCCACUAAAAUAACUAUUCGUCGACUUUCCAAAGGAACAUAUAGUGAACUGUUCAUCCAAAGAAAAUGGAAGAUACUUGACCUAAAUAUUCUGCUCCUGGCAGAAUGUUUUCCGAGCUGCUUUCACCAGGUGCAAUAUUCAUCUUCACAUAUUAUAUCAUAAGUAAACCAAAGAUCCGCCAUGUCUGCUUCCGGCGAUUCCCAAGCAUACUACAAGAAACGCCUCGACAAGUUCAAAUCCCGGUCGACCCGAAUCUUCAACCGCGCUCAGAACCUGAACCGAACCUUGGACCGGCAGCUGGACUCGGCGGUCAAGAGCCUGGCGACCAGUCGUGACGUCAGCAUCCGUCGCGACCAGGAGAAGAUUUGGAUGGUGACGGGGGCUGGGCUUCACGCGCCAAAGUAUUCCAACGCCAAGGAGGAGGUGCCGUCGUAUCUUGGGAAACAAGCGCACGCGACGCUGCCGACCCCUCAGGAGCUUAGCUCGCUCUUGCCGAACAAGAAGGCGAAGGAGAGGACACAAUCAGCGGGCAACUACCAGCAACUCUCCAGGAGAAGGUUGUCUUCCAUGCAGUCAGUGGAUUUGAAUAUCAUCCAUUACCGCAGAGCCUUGGAGAGUAUGCGAGAGAAAGAAAUAUUGCCGCUUUAUAGCGAGAUUAUUCACGAGAAGGAAGGUGAAGAGGAAGUUGACGGUGUUGGUGGAGGUGGUGAACAAUGGGCCACGACUAUCCCUACUAAUAUAAGACCUAACACGGCCAUACCUGCUUCAUCGAGCAGUAGAACUAGUCAACCAGAGCGACCAAAGACAUCAAUACCAGACGCAGCCAGGCGCAAGAAACGCGAGUCCACUCCGAACGCCACGGCCUUGAUGAUCGCACAAGCGCAGGAUCCGAACAACAAGGUCCUCAGGACAAACUUCCUAGACAUGUACAAGACGCAGAUGGUGAAGCAACAGAGAAAGAUGUCCGCAAUGAAGGAGAAGCGCGCACCAAAGGCGACAUCGACUACAGGUGACGCUACCGAACAGAGACCGCGCACCGCUGGCCCGCCGAUCACCGAGGAAAACGAAGACGACGAAAGAAGCCAAAGUGUGGGGUUCAUGGCGGACACGUCUACUUCCAGUAAGCGUCGGGGUCUCCGUCAGAGGCUCAGGCGGACCAGCAUGGCGGCGGUUGCCGGUAUGAACAGCCUUCAUGGCGAGGUCAAGAGCCUUCAAAGCUUCCGAAAGUUCAAGAGGGAGAGCCUGAAUGUCCUGGAGAAUGAUAUCCCCAACAUUGAGAAUCUUGAAGAAGGGGAGUUGUUCGAUGAGAUGAGGAAGUGUCGGUACAUCCGGUGGGGUGAUGACGAGGAGAAGGUCGAGAAGUUAAACGAAGACCAACCACUCAUCAACCACAUGAAGAAGCUAUCUAUAGAUACCACCAAGAAACCUAAACGGUUCCUCAAGAAACUUAAUGAACAUCAUGAGCCAGGAACUCGAUGAUUGGUCCUCUCAUUUCAACCCUUUGGAGCAUUGGAAAAUAUACUCUUGAAAAAUCAACAAGACAAUUUUAAUGGCUCUGCUCCGCCAAUCAUCUUUUGCAACGUUCGAACUUUACAAUGACGUAUUUCACUUACAAACAUGAUUCUAUGAGAUAUUCGAUUUUCAUUCAAUUUUAAUUCAAAUUCAUUUUUAUUGUCCAAUGGAAAUUUGAUUUGCUCACACAUUUUACAGAAAACUUAACAUGACACUUAUAGAUAGAUAUCAUAGCAAAUGACAUAGAUAUAUAUUUUGACAUAAAAUAAAGGUGAAAAGGGAUGAUGUGACAUGACCUGCAAAAUACAAAGAACUUGAUAAUACUUAGCAGACUGAUUAUAUGUACGAAUAAAGAAGGAAAAAUCGGAAUUUAGGAAGUAUUGAGUACGGCAGUUCAUUGAUCCGAGUCUUUUACCAGAGCGCAUGAAAACAUUAUUUGGAAAAAGUGGGUGAUUUUCAUUUUGCAUAAAGUGUUUUGGCUUCUACAAUAGCUACCAUUAUUUUUGAUAUGCAGUUUUGCACACUACCACUUCCAUUUGAUGGUGUUAUGAAGAGUUUGAAGAUUAAAUAUUACCUUUUUUUCUAGUUGCACGGGCCGACGGUUUAUUUAAUGAUGAUCGCUCUUCUUUCAAAAAGAAUAAUAAAUAAUAAUAUUCCCUUUUUUAAAGAAUUUAU